CCAAAGUUGAAGCUGAAUCUCUUGGGUUUGUAACAAUGCCUGGUUUUGAUGGUAACUUUGCUGUGAUGGGAGAGUGGUUAGACCCUAGUCCUAACCACAAGAAGAGAUCCAAAGCUGAACUCGAUAGAGAGGUAUCCUUAGAAGACAUGAAGAAUUUUAUGGAAACAAGAACUCAAGAGAAACCGUGGUAUUCACGCAAUGGUCUUAGUGAAAGGAUUGCUGCGAGAAACGGGUUUAAAGUACCAAGUUUAAAGACUGAGAGUAUUUUUCCACCUACACGUUUAGCCAUCUCUUCUCCUGGUGUUAGACCAGCAACUCUGCUUGAGUCUCCUGUUUUCCUCUCAAACCCUUUGAUAUCUCCGACAACAGGAAAGCUCUCAUCACUAACUUUAGAUGAAUCUAAGGAUGAAUUCACUGACGACAUUGCCACAUCCUUAGCCUUGAGCCUCGAUCCUACAAAGAUCGGGUCAGAACCUGAUGAUUCACAAGCACAUGAAAGCGGCUUAGGAGACUCGAUGAUGAGAUCGAGUGGUGCAGCUGAAGAUUAUGGAUACAACUGGAGGAAAUACGGACAGAAGCUAGUUAAAGGAAGCGAGUAUCCACGUAGCUAUUACAAGUGCACACACCCGAACUGUGAGGUCAAGAAGAAAAUUGAACGGUCCCGGGAAGGGCAUAUUACAGAGAUCAUAUACGCGAAAGCUCAUAACCACACUAAACCUCCUUCAACAAACCGCCGUUCAGGCACUGGACCAUCCGGUGCAGGCGAUGACAUGCAGAUAGAUGGUACUGAACAAGCAGGUUUUGCUGGAUCAAUGCAGGUUCAAAGCGGGACUCAGUUCGGAUAUGAUGGUGUAGCAACCGAUGCCUUCUCUAAAUAUGAAGAAGAUAGUAAGUCCCACAUGAGUGUUUCCCUGGGUUACGAGGGACAAGAAGAUGAAUCCGAGCCAAAGAAGAGGAAACUUGAAGCGAGUGGAUCAACACGAGGAACCCGUCAGCCAAAAGUCGUGGUGAAGACCACAAGUGACAUUGACAUCCUCGAAGAUGGCUAUCGCUGGCGCAAGUACGGGCAAAAAGUCGUCAAAGGAAACCCGAAUCCAAGGAGUUACUAUAAAUGCACAAGUAAUGGAUGUACCGUAACCAAGCAUGUAGAGAGAGCUUCUAAUGACCUCACGUCCGUACUAACCACUUACAUAGGCAAGCACAACCAUGAAGUACCAGCUGCACGCAACAGCAGCCAAGUCAGUCCAGGCAGCUCAGGGACCCUCCAAGGCGGUUUAGCUACUCAGGCCCGCAACGAAAAUGAGCACUAUCCAAUGCCACACAGUAGCUCUGAGGGACUGGUCACAGCCAAUUCAUCACUACUCGACUUCCACCCACAGCUAAGGCCUCCUUCAGGUUUCUCGGUUUACUACGCGGACCAAGCCGAGCUUUCGGAUAUCUCAGUGUCUGGUUUAGCUAUCGGGCAAGAGAGGUUUCCAAGCCUGGUAGAUCCCGCCAUUGGUGAUCCAGCUGGGCUGAUGUUGCAGUUAGCAUCAGAGCCGGAGGUGGAACCAGUGUCACAACAGGAACUAGGAUAUUGGAGGAGCUCAUUGAUAGAUAUAAUGAGUAGAUUACAACAAAUAUGAAACGAAUCUCUAUGUUCUCGAUUGGUAGUUUUUUUGAAUAAAUAGUUCUUAAAAUCGAGGGAAUGAAAAAGAUUUAGGAUGCAAAACAUUAGCAAUCUAAAGUUAGCUUUUAUCUAAACAAAGCUUUUAGCAAAAAGAAGAACGUCAUUAGCUGUUUGAUUCACAAAAGUGAAAUGCAAAAUCUAUUUUUUUUUUCCUCAGAACCCGCUAUAAAGGGUUCCAUGCUGACACUAAUCUUUACAUGAACGGAAUCAUACCGCCUGUUCUACCGCCUGUUCUACUCUUCUUCGCGUAAGC